GAAAACCUUAAGACUAGGCCUCUCCCUGGUCCUCACAAACCCGCCCCCUCUCUCCCAAAUCACAAUUUUCUCGUCUCCUUUCUCACUUCCCUUUCGUUCUUUCUUGAUCACCAAUCCUCCACCUAAAAUCCAACAAAACCAUACAUAGCUAGCAACCUCUCUCCGUCGUUCAAAUCACUACUCUCUCAUUCUCUCUCGAUCUCCUCCUUCCAUCACCAAAUCCCUCACACGAAAAACCUUUCUCUCCAUCCUCUACCACCACAGACACGGUAAUAGCCUCCUCCUCCACAUCAUAGGAGCGGCCUGCAACCCAUUCCAAUGAAACCCACACCAAGCACCCAGAACGAAACCCAACGACGCCCUCAAUCUUUCUAGAGUGUUCGAAUUCUAGGCUGCUGUCGUAUCUAUCCUGCAACCUCCUCUACUUUACAUAGCGGUCUCCUCCUUUUGCUUUUGCUGCUUCCAUAAAAAACAAUACAAACAACAACAUGAGCUCUUCUUUUUCUCAUUCCAAUAGAGGGUUCCAGAGUUCCAUAUGAUAUGUGGGCUUUUAUGAGCAGUGUUCGAAUUCUAGGCUGUUGUCGUAUCUAUCCUGCAACCUCCUCUACUUUCCAUAAGCGGUCUCCUCCUUUUGCUUUUGCUGCUUCCAUAAAAAACAAUACAAACAACAACAUGAGCUCUUCUUUUUCUCAUUCCAAUAGAGGAGGAAGAGGUUUGGAGAUGCAAAACGAUAGAGAAGGGUCUAGAGGCCGAGGCCGCGGCAGAGGGGGAUCUAGUAAGGAUAAAAUUGAUGCACUUGGCAGAUUACUGACACGGAUUUUGCGUCACAAGGCUUCAGAGCUGAAUUUGAAUAUGCGGAGUGAUGGGUUUGUCAAAGUUGAGGACUUACUAAAGCUCAAUAUGAAAACAUUUGCUAAUGUUCCGUUAAGAUCACAUACUGAUGAUGAUGUUAAAGAGGCUGUUAGAAAAGAUAAUAAGCAGCGACUUAGCCUCCUGGAAGAAGGUGAGGAGCUUCUGAUACGUGCUAACCAAGGCCACUCGAUAAAGACAGUUGAAUCUGAAAGUCUGUUAAAAGCAAUUCUUUCGCCCGAGGAAAUUACAGUGUGUGUACAUGGGACCUAUAAGAAGAAUCUAGACUCAAUUUUGGAAUCUGGUUUAAAGAGAAUGCAAAGAUUGCAUGUUCACUUCUCCAGUGGUUUGCCAACAGAUGUUGAAGUGAUUAGUGGUAUGAGACGGGAUGUUAAUGUUUUGAUAUUUCUUGAUGUCAGAAAAGCACUUGAAGAGGGAAUGAAGCUUUACAUUUCGGACAAUAGGGUGAUUUUGACUGAAGGUUUUGACGGCACUGUACCUGUCAAGUAUUUUGAACGAAUAGAAUCUUGGCCUGAUAGACGGCCUAUACCCUUCCAGACGACCUAAAUUUGAUUGUAGGUGGUCCUCCUUUUGACCUAUAAAGAUGGUAGUUUACAUUUUAUAAGGCGUAGUUCUUCAGCUGCCAUGGCAUGCAAACUUGGCAUGUAUUCAGCUGACGCUAUUGUAAGUUGGUAUGUUGUAAGGAAGGUGAUGAAAAAAACCAAGCUGAAGCUUUCGCCCUGUUUGGAAUUG